CUGUCAUCGAAAGAUAAGGUGUGUUGGUGACUUGGUGAGCGGGCCGCGGGCGUUGCCUUCGCGUCCGUAGUCCGUAUUCCGUAGAGCGCGCAGUUCGCUCCGGCGCUUCGUAACAGAAGGACGGCGCACGCGCUUCGCAGCAGAGAUCUAGGCCGCACACAAGUGUCAGAUCACGUUCUCGCUUAUUAUGGAAAAAGUGUGUUUAAUUACCAUUCGAUAAACUGUAACGGAUCAUCGGGGUGCCGGCACAUGUGCCGUUUUAAAUCCGAAAGACCGAUACAUCAAAUAGCGAGGGUUUAUCUAUGUAGGCUGGCGUGAUAAGUGUUGUGUGUUACCGUAUUGUUUUGGCUGCUCAGCCCCGUCCGUGUCGGUUGCGAGCCGACUACGAGCGAUUCCCCAUACAGUGUUGAUUUAAUUUUGUGAAUGAGUCAGCUAACAGGCGUUGGUAUCGUUAGCUUUGUCAACGUGCUGCCCACAAUAUCUGAAGGCGUGACAAUGAGAGAAAAAAGGGGAGGCGCUAUGAGCAAAAUGCAAAAGCUCAGGAAACGCCUGUCCCUUAGCUUCGGUAGAUUAUCAACAAAAGACGAUUCGGAGUGCGAAGGCGGUGAGGGUGGUUGCCGUGGCCGGCAGCAGAACGGCGGCGCCCGCGGCAAGCUGCCCUACAACGGCUACUCCGAGGAGUGCCUCGACCGCCUUGAGCCCAACGGCAAUAUACCCCACGAUAAGGACUCACAUUAUGAGUGGAGCGGCGGCGGUAACGGCGAGUAUCGGGUGCGUCGGCAACUAUCAGUGUCGUCAGACUCGAAGCUGUUAGACGAGGGGGCGCGGGAGGAGGCGCGGGUCGUGAUGCGGCCCAAGCGCCCGCCCAGGCCCAAGUCCGAGGCAUUUCUGGGCCCGCACGAACACAACAGACGCACCAAGCGGUUUAGUGCCUUUGGGGGUGAUUCUCCGUUCGGGAAAUCCGAAGCGUAUAUGAAAUUGGAGCAGCUCGGUGAGGGUUCCUACGCAACAGUCUACAAGGGUUAUAGCAAUUUAACGCAACAGGUUGUCGCGCUAAAGGAGAUAAGACUGCAGGAAGAUGAAGGUGCGCCAUUCACGGCCAUACGCGAGGCAUCUCUCCUGAAAGAAUUGAAGCACGCCAAUAUUGUUACCUUGCACGAUAUAGUGCACACGAGAGAAACACUCACAUUUGUCUUCGAGUUUGUGGACACGGAUUUAUCUCAGUACAUGGAGAGGCACCCCGGCGGCCUCAAUCACCACAAUGUCAAACUGUUCAUGUUCCAACUACUACGCGGUCUCUCUUACUGCCAUAGAAGACGAAUUCUACACAGGGACGUCAAACCGCAGAACCUCUUAAUUAGCUCUCAUGGUGAACUGAAGCUCGCUGACUUCGGUCUCGCGCGCGCCAAGUCAGUGCCCAGCCAUACCUACUCACAUGAAGUUGUCACACUCUGGUAUAGACCGCCAGACGUGUUGCUGGGCAGCACGGAGUACUCGACAUCUCUGGACAUGUGGGGUGUGGGCUGCAUCUUCGUGGAGAUGCUGUGCGGCGUGCCAACCUUCCCCGGCGUCAGGGACACGCACGAUCAGCUUGAGAAAAUAUUCAAGGUGGUGGGCACACCGACAGAGGAGAGCUGGCCGGGAGUGUCUCGGCUGCCGGGACUGCGCGAGCACGUGUCGCGGUGGGGCACGUGUCCCGCGCGCGCGCUGGGUGCCGCCUGGCCGCGCCUGCGCGAGGCGGGGCGCGACGCUGAGCGGCUGGCGGCGGCGCUGCUGCAGCCGGAGCCCCAGCGCCGUCUGCCCGCACACCGCGCCACACACCACUCGUACUUCGCCGCGCUACCACCCAGGCUGAGAGACCUACCCGAUGAGGUGUCGAUCUUCACAGUGGAGGGCGUGUGCCUGCACCCGGAGACGCGGCACGUGGCCAUCAAGUGAGACCCCGACGCCGCUCUUUAGUUGAAUCUGUUACUCUUGUUCCUUUGUACGUACACGGCGCCGCGCGCUGACACCAGGCGCGCACGCAUCUAAGCAAAUGCACGAGUGCGCGUGCCCCGACACAAGUGCACGUGUCUCGACACAAGUGCACGUGUCUCGACACAAGUGCACGUGUCUCGACACAAGUGCACGUGUCUCGACGCGAGUGUGCGCUCGGCGCGGACCUUAUUAGUUAGUACGUUUUAAUUCCUAUAGUUUUAAUGGGGACAGUCGAAAACCGGUUGGUACGUUUCGGUGGACCAAAUUUCGUGAUAGUACCAUCGUCUAGUUUAAAUGUACGGGCAUCGAAUGCCUCUCGGUCUUCAGUUGAACGUCAUUCAGUUUGUCCAUCCGUCGACUGCUUUCGACUUUAAUAUUAUAUUAGCGCUUGUUAAGCUUCUAACGUAAUAUCCAUCCAUAUAAUUCAAUUAUUCUAUGGUGACAAGGUAAACUGAUAGGUGUGUACGAUUUUUAUGUAUAAAUAUAUAUAUGAACAGAGCAGUGUGCCAUUUAUAUCUAUAAUUGAAGAGAACGAUGAGUUUAUUUUAAAAGAUUUUUACGCUGGAUAUAUGCUCAUAAUUUUGGUAAAAGAAAAAUUUAAGAUGUUUAUUUAUAUUAAGGUUUUAAACAGUCUGUGAAGGUAAUUCUGAUAUGUGAUUUCGUCGCCGUGCGCUUACAUUCUUAGCCCUAAUUCGCACGGGCGCUUUUUUAUCGCGAGUUAAAAAGCCUUCAAAUUGAAAAAUUCAUUUCCAUGUUUCUAUUCAUACGGCAGCGCUUUUAAAACGCGACGUUUUUUAUCACUCAAUAUUGCAUUUUGAGUGCUGGGCGAACGGAACAAAAGUGAUUUUAAAGCGUUUGUCGAUCAAGAGUCACCAACGCCGAGUUACGCUGCGUUAAAAAAACGCCCGUUCGUAUGAAACCUUACGUAAUGAUACUCCGGGCUACCUACAGUUAAAAAGUGGCCACUCUAAUGUAGGAAAGACAGUAGUUUUCGAAUCUUAUGCACACAUUCCUUCCACGGUGCUCAAAAAAAAUUAUCUGUGGCAUAUUUAGUGAACAUUUGUCAUUUAUUGUUGUGCACAGCUUACAUCGACUCACCAGUAUUGCAAUUUUGUUUGUUAACGUUUUGAAAGCGAACGAUGGAUCGCUACCAGUGAUAGGAUGCGAAUUGAUACGUCUUAUCUAAAUUAAUAACCGUAAGAUCUCAAAUUGAUGAAGUGUGGGACCGUCCUACUGUAUUAUACUUGAUUAGGGAAUUUGAUGAAUUUCUAAAUAAACUUUACUAAAAAUUAAUCUGAUUGUACAAAUAAUGUCAGAUAGAUGUUAAUGUUUAAGCUAAGAAUCUUAGCGCAGAAUUUUCAUAGUGGAUCUACACUAAAAAGCUCGUGUAUUACUUAAAUAACAAAUCUGAGUAAUAACCGGUAUACUUAUAAUGCUGUCGAGCUCAAAAUUAAUAUCUAUCUGACAUCGUUUGUGUGGAAAAAGGGUAGAUUAGGGAUGAGUUAGGUUCCGUCUAGCCUAAAGACUAGUAAAUUUACCAGUUUAGUGAAUAUUUUAGUGGUCCCUCACGUAAAUAAGGUUUAGAGAUUUAGUGAGUAGACCAGCGCAUUGCCAACUUGACAAUGAUCUCUUCUGUACAAGAAGGAUUUUAGUCGGAUCCCUGUUUUAUUUAGUUGUUUUUGUAGUAAAACCACUACUAGAAUAACAUGACAACACCAAUUUGUGCCAAUAAUAUAGUAUUUUCACAAUAGUACUAGAAAAUUAUAACAAUAAAAUUGACCCUAUCAAUGAUUGUUAGCUGCUUCAAUUAAAUGUGCUAGGCAAAUUUAGUUAAAUUUAGCAUGUUUUUAUUUUUCUAGUCUAAUCAGAAUUGGCGAGUAAAAGCACCAAUUUUGACAGUAAAAUUAAUAAUAACUUGAAUUGUUAAAUUAACAGGAUAGGACAGGUUUAAAAAAAAAGUCUUUUUUAUAAUCACGAAAUCAUUUGACACUGCCAUUAAAAGAACUUAUCGUUAGUAUUGUAUCGAGUUGACAGUGUGCCUGGAAACGAUCUAGAAAAUGUAGUUCUCCUUAGCGUAGUAGCGUAUACAGAGCUUUAGAGACAUUUACAUGGAGAUGGGGGGCAUAGCCGCAGGGGGCAUUAAACCGCAACGUUGUAAAAGAGAAAUAAUGAAUUGACUUUUUAUCCUUAAUUUUUUUUUGUAUUUAUAUAGACAAGAGAUUUUGAAAUA